AUGUUCAAUAAGAAAGUAACAAUUAUCGGUGCUGGUCCUUCUGGACUCUGUCUUGCAACCCUUCUCCAACAAGCAAACAUUCAAGUGAGUGUUUUUGAGAGAGAUUCUAUCACUUUAGGAAGAGAUCAGGGCGGUUCUUUAGAUAUGCACUCAGAUUAUGGACAAAUUGCCAUUAAAGGUGCUGGAUUAUAUGAAGAGUUUUUGAAAAUGUCAAGAGUUGAAGGAGAGGCCACUAAAAUUCUCGAAUCAACCACUUUGAAACUUCUCUUCGAAGAUGGUUCUGCACAAGAUUCCACAACAGAGAAUGAAGAUGCCUUUUCCAAACCGGAAAUUGAUAGAAUGGAUUUGAGAAAUUUAUUCCUCAAUGCAUUGAGUCCUGGAACUGUAGAAUGGAAUAAGGCAGUUGACUGUAUUAAGAAGAUUGAAUCCUCUGAAGGUCAAUACCAAAUUAACUUCAAGGAUGGAAGUAGUCAUGUGACUGAUUUAUUGGUUGGAUGUGACGGAGCUUGGUCAAAGGUGAGAUCCGCUUUCACACAAACUAAACCAACCUAUUCUGGUGUUUACUUUAUCGAAUCAAAAUUGCAAUUAGAUAGAAAUGAUGAUUUGGCAAGAAAGGUCAUUGAAAUGACCGGAAAAGGAAGUCUCUUUUCAUUGUACAAUAACAAGGGUCUGUUAGCACAGAGAAAUUCAAAUCAUAUUCGUUUCUACUAUUGCCUCAGAAUGGAUAAAGAAUUGGUUGAGCAAACUAUUCACUUUGAGAAGGGCCCUGAAGUUGUAAAGCAGCAAUUAUUAGAAUUAUUCAAUGGUUGGGAUGAUUCACUAUUGGAUUUCAUUAGAGUUAUUGAAUGUAAUGACGACUUUUCAUUCAUCAAGAGACCUCUUUAUUCACUUCCUCCUGAAUGGGAUUGGAAAACUCAACCAGGAGUUACAAUUAUUGGAGAUGCUGCUCACGUAAUGACACCAUUUGCUGGAUUAGGUGCAAAUCUUGCCCUCCUAGAUGCUCAUGACCUCGCUCAAUUUUUAAUUCAUGGAAGGGAUGGAAUAGCAAGUGAGACUCAAUCAGAAGUAUUAGAUUGGAAUGGAGUAAUUGCAAGUUUUGAAGCUAAAAUGUUUGAAAGAUCAAAAGGUGCAGCACAACAAACAGAAUACUAUCUCAAUUCAUGUCUUUGUGAUGGAAAUCCAGAUAAAUUCAUUGAGGCAAUGCUUGCUCAUCAUACAGAAGAUCAUAAUCAAGAAUAA